AACAAUAUUCGCCAUCUUUCUUUUCUCCUUUUGUGAGUUCCGUAAGCAACAUCGUUGUCAAAUAUUUUCUCGUUGAAAAAUACGACAAAACGUAUUCAAACCAUUUAUUUAAAAGUUUUUCGAUAAUUUUGGAAAAUUUUAUUAUUCUCUAAACAAUGGAAAACGACGCUGGUGAACUUGUUGACUUGUACUGCCCACGAAAAUGCUCAGCGAGCAACAGCAUUAUUCACGCCAAGGAUCAUGCUUCAAUUCAAAUCACUUUGGCCGAUGUUGAUCCCGAAACCGGUCGCAUGAGCGAUACUUUUAAAAUGUAUGCCAUUUGCGGACAAAUUAGAAGAAUGGGUGAAUCCGAUGAUUGUAUUGGCAGACUAAGCAAAACAGACGGAAUCCUCGCGAAAAAUUUUUAAUUUAACAAAGGAUGUAUAAUAAUAAAUAAAAAGGGAAAAAAUUUUAA